UAAUGGCGGUAAGUGUCGAGUUUGUGACAUCUUUGUGCACACGAAAGCAGUCCCAAAACGGUGAAGCGGCUGUUGGAGUUCUGGCCGGUAAUGCGAUCGCGGGUCUGCGGUGCACGCACGCGCUGUCACGCGAGUGCGCCCCGCACACCAGAGUCUAUUUAAAAUCUUCAGCUUUCGUCGCUGGCCAGUUUGACUUCGCAUUUCGUUGAUGCUGGUUAGGCUGUCCGUUUAACGAGCGCCCAAAGUAGACUCGUUCUCCGCCAGUGACAUUUCCGAAAGUUUUCGCCCGUGCAGUGUCGUACUAGAGGACUUUUUGUUUCGAAUCGGCGACCUUGAACACACGCACCAUGUCCGAGGCCAGCAGGAGAGACAUCCCGAUCAAGCUCGGCGACUUCAGCGUCAUCGACACUGAAUUUAGCAACAUCAGGGAACGGUUCGACGCGGAAAUGCGCAAAAUGGAGGAGGAGAUGAGCAAAUUCCGGUCCGAGCUCAUGAACCGCGAGUCGAACAACUUUUUCAGGAGCACGACCAGGUCGUACGAAUGCGAGACCGUAAAGGAGGGAAAGAACGAGAAGACUUCGUCGAGCAAGUCCUCGUCGUCCAGCACGACGACCCAGUCGUCGAACACCUCGGGAUCAGACCUCGCGCACAGGCCCCAGGAGCUACGCACGUGGUACGACGACAUAAACUCUCCGCUCAUCCAGAGUGACGGCAACGACAAGAGCUUGAAGCUGCGUUUUGACGUCAGCCAGUACGCCCCCGAAGAGAUUGUCGUGAAAACGGUGGACAACAAACUGCUGGUCCAUGCCAAGCACGAGGAAAAGACCGAAUCCAAGUCCGUCUACAGGGAGUACAAUCGGGAAUUUUUGCUGCCGAAGGGCACUAACCCGGAGCUGAUUAAAAGUUCGCUGAGCAAGGACGGCGUGCUGACGGUGGAGGCGCCCCUGCCCGCUAUCACGUCGGGCGAGAAGCUGAUUCCGAUCCAACAUUAAGCCUUCCUUUUUAAAAAUUUUUCGUUGUUCAGUUUUUUUCUAUUAUUGGAAUCAAUAUGUUUCAGUUUACCCAUGACGCGUAAUAAUCGAAUUCAGCCCUUUUGUUUCGAUGUUGUUAUCUAUAUUAUAUACGUCGACAGUUAUGUCUCAUUACCCGCCCUCUAACCCCUUAACUUAGAAUUAUCACGUUACGUUUAAAAUGUACCCGCAACGCUAUUAACCUCAUUCUGUCGUUUUUUCUGGAGAUUAUUAAUUUUAUUUAGAGUGACGUGGCAGCAGCUUUGUGUCCGCAGCGUAGGGGGUCACGGUAGAGUAGCGUAACGAUGAAGUGUACUCUUUUUUUUUGUAAUUUAUUUAUAAACAAUAAAGUAUUUUUCAAAAUCGAACUGAUUGGCGGUCGCGGGAGAUCCGUAACGCGUUUGAAACUUUGCAGGGAACGCGGUGACGUCAGUGUCAGGGAUGGAACGUGAAUCGGUAAGUUACUGAACUCUGGUGACAUCUAUCGAGCGGACGCUACAUCAGUAACUAGGGCCCUUUCAUAAUAUUUGUUUCGCAAAAAAAAACAUAAUAAAUUCAUAGUUAUCAAGA